CGGAGGGCCACAUUCUCCUUGCCAUCGUCGUCGCGUCGCGUCACAUCGAACUUUUCCUCACCCUGUGGUUCGACCACUCAUACGGAGGCUUCCUCACCGGCAACGCAGUCUCAGCCGCAGUAACGGUAUCAGUGGCCUGGCUGCAAAGCAAUUUAGCUACGCGAUGUGUGGACUGGUCGCGGAGGAUCCUCAGCUGCCAGAGCAUUGACAGAGAUACUAGCCGAAGGUCGGGUCGCCUACGAUCAGCGCAAUCAGGCUCUGGCCGAACAGCUGGCUCCGCCGGGGCGCGUGCUCAUUCCUGUUGGCUCGGACACUCAGCAAAUCGCGCAAGUCGACAACGGCGCC